GCGAAGUACUUCAACGCGAAGUAUACUAUAAUAGGGUUUAAGGUAGGGGAUAUAGUACUACUAUCUACUAAGAACCUAAGAUUAAAGGUACUAACGAAGAAGUUCGUAGAUAAGUUCGUAGGACUAUUUAAGGUAAUUAAUAUCGUAGGGAAGCAGGCGUACCGCCUAGCCCUACUAGUAGGAUCUCAGAUCUAUAACGUCUUCUACGUCUUAUACCUCGAGCCCUAUAAGGGCCGCGUAGGUAACGUAUAG